AAUAAUCCAGGUGCACAGACUUAAAGCAGGCCCACACUUAAAGCAGGCCCACACUUAAAGCAGGCCCGGCUUCACACAGAGACAAAUGGGUACUUCUGAAAGCAGAGUUGAUCAAGAGGGGUCCAACGCACCCCAGAAUGUUAUUUGCGCAAGUUGUAAACGAAUCAUCAAAGGUGCUACUCUUCCUAAGAAUGAAAUGACUCCUUUUGUUCGCCCACAUUGCAAUAAAUGUGCCGAUGUUUACAAUCAAGUUGAAAAAAAGAGUGCUAUCUGCAGAAAUUGUGGUGACAUUAAACUAGUACCAAAAGACACUAAUCUUGAAAAUGGGGUUUACUGCUCAGAAUGUGCUGCCAUGAAGAGAGCUUUGCUUGAGAGGCGAAUAGCAAGUGGAAUAUCUGGCAGUGGUAAUAUUCAUUUUGCAAUUGAGAAUUAACUUGGAGCUGUGAUUUGAUAUGUUUAGCACAAUGUAGCAUAACUGUUAGUAAAUAACAUUAGUUAAGUAAUUGUAGUUGGAAAUAACUUAGAGUGUGCAUUGCUGAGCAUGUAAUGCAUCACUAUUCAGUAGAAAAACAGUA